UACUGUCGGAGUGCCGCUCCUCUGCGGGGUCAAAGGUUAAUGUGCGUGCUGCACCUCCAAAGUCAACAUGGCGCCUUUCCCUGCUGGCCGCUAUAAAGGGAGACCCCCCUGCCAGUGCGCCUCACCCUGCCCACGCCAUGGCUUUUGUCGCUCCUCCUGGUUACCAGCCCGUCUACGGCCCUACCAUCCCCUACUUGGGGCCCAUCUAUGGAGGUCUGAGGGAGGGAGCGUCCAUCUACAUCCACGGCUCUGUGCCGGACAACAUCACCAGGUUCUUCAUCAACCUGCUGUGUGGUCAGUCUGAGUCCAGUGACAUCGCCCUCCACUUCAACCCUCGCUUUGAUGGCAGAGACAAGGUGGUCUUCAACACGCGGCAGGGGGCGUCCUGGGACAAGGAGGAGAAGGUCCGGGACAUGCCCUUCAGCAAGGGGAAGGCCUUUGAGAUGGUCAUCGUCUGCUCCUCACAAGGCUACCAGGUCAAGGUGGACGGCAAAGACUUCCACACCUUCCAGCACCGCCUGCCUUGGGCCCGAGUGUGCGGCCUGCAGAUCGGAGGAGAUGUGUCCAUCCAGACCAUCAACAUCAUGGGGGGCGGAGGAAUGGGCGGAGGAAUGGGCGGAGGCAUUGGCGGAGGCAUUGGCGGAUGUCAACCAGGAGGAGGUCCAGUGGGAGGAUACCCGGGCGGAGGCAUGGACUGUGGAGGGGGUUACCCAGCAGACUGUGGGGGGCAGGGGGCAUGUCCUGGAGGAACUAUGGGAGGAUUCCCAGGAUCCAACCUGCCCAGUAUGGGAGGCCAGCCCGUCUACAACCCAACCAUUCCUUACUCCAGCCUGAUCCCAGGAGGAAUGUUCUCCAAGAGGACGCUGGUCAUCAGAGGCACGGUGCCCUACAACGCUAACAGGAUCAGCAUCAACCUGAUGGCGAGCAGGACGCGAGACAUCGCCCUGCACGUGAACCCCCGGCUGAAGGAGGGCGUGGUGGUGAGGAACAGUCUGAUCGCUGGUCGCUGGGGUGCAGAAGAGCGCCAGCUGAGCAACAACAACAAUCCCUUCAAGGAGGGACAACCUUUUGACGUGUCCAUCCGCUGUGGCAGCGACCGCUUCAAAGUCUUCGUCAACGGCCAGCCGCUCUUUGACUUCUCACACCGCCUGCAGGCUGUGGGAGACAUCGACACGCUGGAGGUGGACGGCGACGUGCAGAUCUCAUACAUCCAAUUCUGAAGCAUGUCACACACACAUCGCCAUGGAAACCAGACAGGUUUGUAGAAAAGGACAAGUUUAUAAGAAGUGACACAAUAAAGGCGAAGGCACUUCAGUCCACAUUCAACAUGAAGCUCACUUCUUCUCACAAU